GGCAACUCUUUUCGACAUAAAUCAAUAGCACCAAACGACGCUCCACUUGAAACCUCGACGUCCUCUAUCAUUGCAAUAUGCGCCGCUGAUAUCUUCAAUUCGCCUGUACCCAUUCGCCACUCGUCCUGGCUGCACCGGUUUUGCGACAGCAGGGGAUGUUCCGGGAUCCGCCGCCAGAACAUUCACGAUAGAUGAGCCCAACUCCGCCCAGCCUCUUGAUGCUAUCGGGACGCGCCGUGAAGCAACUUGGCGACUGCGUGUCUCGUAGAUUGGCAUCUCGGUCGGUUCCCGGAGUCAUACCAGCUUUCAAGCUCGUGGCUGUUGGAAUUGAUGGGUAUUCGAAGCCUCUGGGGAUCCGGUAUGGCUCUUUGCAAACGAGAUGGAGGACACGGCAGAACGAAGAUCGCUUUGCCAGAGAGGCUCGAGUUCAGAAAUUGAAGAGCAGAGCUGCGUUUAAGAUUUUGGAGAUAAAUGAGAAGUACAAGAUCUUCCAAAAAAACCAGACAGUAGUAGACCUGGGAUUUGCGCCGGGCUCGUGGUCGCAGGUCGCAGCGAAGAAAGCAGGUCCAAACGGCAGAGUGAUUGGCAUCGACCUGAUACCCGCACAGCCGCCGAGAGGCGUAUCUACCAUACAAGGCAACUUCCUGUCCCCCGAUAUCCAGGCCGAAGUCAAGGCCUACCUACAACAGCCGGACCUCGGUCGGCCCCGCAGCCAGGUUUCGGUGCCGCACGAAAAGGAGGGAUUCACUGAAGAUGAACUGGAAGAGCUGGAACGAGGGUAUAUUGAUCUGGAACGGCACAUGCAUCUCGAAGGAGCGGAGGAAGGAAAGGAGGAGGACAAGAGCACCUCGGAGAAGAAGGAGGGUGCCAAGGAACGAGAUAGACGACGCGGCAGGGUGGUCGAUGUGGUGCUGAGUGACAUGUGCGAACCCUGGGAGCAGACCAGCGGGUUUAAUAAGAGGAGCCUUAGUGACCCCUAUUCUAGGCUGGCCAACACGAGUGGGAUUGCAUUCAAGGACCAUGCGGACAGCAUGGAUCUCUGCAAUGCUGCGCUGAUGUUUGCGUUUGACACGCUCCGUACAAACGGCCACUUUGUGUGCAAAUUCUACCAAGGCCCCGAGGACAACGUGCUGGAGACGAGGCUGAGGCGCAUGUUUGGCAUGGUACACAGAUACAAGCCCGCUGCGUCGAGAAGUGAAUCGAAAGAAGCGUACUUUGUGGCUCUCCGUCGCAAGGAGAAGCCAACCAAGGAGAUGGUAUGGCAAGAGUAGGGAUGUGUGUGCACUCGGUACAGUGUAGAUACAGGAUUUCGGUGGAGGGUUUGCAAUUUGCACACAUGGAAGCGCAGGUCCGCCGCCACGUGUAGCGGCAAACAUGUACAACAUAACAUGUAACCAUACUUGAAAUGUUUGUGUUCCGAUACCCCCUUGUCUAGUAGGUAGCCAAUAUAAAAGGAAACCAACGAG